UUCAAGAACGAUAUUUUGACAUGAGGUAAUUUAUAAUUUAUAAAACAAAUAAUGAAAGUAAGCAAACCAAAAUCCCAUUAUGCGCUUCAACGACGUAUAAACCAGGGAAUUAAUCGAUCGCCAUUUUAAAUAUACAUUUGGCAUUAUUAUGCCGACGGGGGAUAUCGAUCACCAGAGCAGCGCGAACGUAACGUUAUGGUUAGAUGAUCGUUUUUAGAUAAAAUGGAUUGCCUACUUAUUAAAAUCUUUUUGCUUUAUUUAGUAAUUCGCCAGUGUCGUCCGUCGAGGGUCCUAGAAUUAAGCGAUAAAUUUACUGAAAUACGUAAAGACGGCGCUUUCUGGUUAGUCAAAUUUUAUGCACCAUGGUGCGGCCAUUGCAAGCGUCUCGAGCCGAUAUGGGCUCAAGUGGCUCAAGCUCUAUCAGGCAGGAACGUGCGGGUGGGGAAAGUUGAUUGUACAAGAUUCCCCUCGAUAGCUGAGGAGUUUCGUAUCGGUGGUUAUCCAACCAUAAAAUUUGUGAAACCGGAUGGGGACCACACGUAUCAUGGAGACCGUACGAGGGACGAACUGGUGAAUUACGCAAUACGCAUGUCCGGGCCUCCAGUACAGGAGGUCACACGCCCAGAAAGUUUCAAUGGCAUUAAAAGAGAUAACCGAUUAUUUUUUAUGUAUGUCGGUGCUCGAGAGGGGCCUCUUUGGGACGUGUACUUCGAUGUGGCCAGCAAAUUGCAACCACACGGGUUUUUCUAUUCAACCAAUGAAGACAUCGCUAAACAACACCUCGAUGUCGGUGAAUUGCCGGCCGUUUUCGUUUACAAGGAGAGCUUGCAUUAUUUUUAUUCGGUGGAUUCGGGGACAAACGUAGAGGAAGCGGAAAAUUUAAAUCAAUCGCUGCAUCGGUGGGUCAAUGAGGAGCGGUUCGAGACGUUCCCUAAGAUAACGAGAGGUAACAUGAACGAAAUAAUGCAGACGAACAAGUACAUAGUGCUCGUCGUGGUGGAGGAGGACAAAAUCAAACGAAUCCCGGCUCAUAUGUUGAAGUUUCGAGAUACCGUCGAGGAGUUGGUCAGAAAAAAACGGGGCAAAUAUCACAGGUAUUUCCAGUUUGGUUGGGUUGGUAGUCCCGAUUUGGCCAACAGCAUCGCCAUGGAGAAGUUACCCUUACCCCAUUUACUUGUACUGAAUUCAACAACGUACCACCAUCAUAUUCCGGAUGAUGAUCCGACCGAAAUGACUGCCGAAGCGAUCGAUCAUUUCCUGUGGCGUAUCAUUAACCGGAGCGUUCCGGCAUAUGGAGGAAACAGUAUUCCCGUAAGGUUGUACAGGACGUAUUUUGAGGGUCGCGCAGCACUUGGAGAUAUGUGGAAAGGCAACCCAAUACUGACGGCCGUUAUUUUCGGCCUGCCAUUCGGGUUCUUGUCGUUGAUACUGUACUCGAUUUGUUGCGCAGACAUCCUGGACGCAGACGACGACGACGACGACUACGAGUAUCACGCAAAGCGGGAGUGAAAUUAAGCCACACUAGCGGUAGAUUUUUUAUUUUCGUGUAAAAACAAUUAUACCGAGCGUUUCCUAGACUUAAGCACCUAAUUUAUUGAAUAAACGUUUGAAA